AUGGGCAUACCGGGGAGAGCUGAAGCCGAUUUUGGCCGCUUCGACUCAAAGACAGUAGUGCGCAAGAUUUAUAUUAUGUUCUCCGGAAGUGAAUCCCCAGUUGCAGCUUCUGAUAAUCAAGAGAUCAUGGAUUUGGUCGACUCAUCUACUCUUCUGCCACCACGGCUGAGCGAGGAAGAUAUUGCAGAGUAUGGAUCUUUAUACGAUAAAAGCGGAUUCCGUACCGCACUGACCAUGAUGCAGUCCUGUGGGCUGGAUGAUGGGAAAAUCAGUGCUCCAGGACUUUUGAUCAUGGGAGAGAGAGACUAUCUCAUGAAAUUCCCAGGUCUGGAAGACUACAUUAAGACUGGCUAA